AUGAGCACCUUCCUCGGUGUCAACUGCGGCCUACGCGCCGCCCCGGGCCUGAGACUCAACCUGCAGAAGCACGCCCGGGCCGUGUGCUCCGGGGCAUCCAGAGGAAUUAUCCCUGAGCCCGUCUCUGGACCAGCACGGCUAUGUGCCUCGUUAUGUAUAAAUGCGUGGCGUCAGGGCCCGGGAGAGCACGCCAGGAACCUCACACGACCCCAGUCCCAGCAACCAUGGCGCAACUCGGCGCGGCGCAUCGAGCACCAGAGGAGGACCUUCUUCGGCUCCUCGCGCGUGGUGACACACUACGUCGACCUGCCUCCCGGGUACGCGGACGAGGAGGGACUGCCCUUCGCCAAACAGGACCUGGACCGAUCAGCCACAGUCGACAUCUUCAGGAGCUCUGCGGACAUGACGCCCCACCGGGCGAACAAGCUGCUCAGGAUCCUGCACGGCCGCAGGGUCGCAGGCAGCCUUGAGGACCCGGAGGUGCAGGAAAACACCGCCAGCUACACGGGCCGGGAGAUCAACCAGGGCCUCGAGUGGCUCCGCGCCAACGUGCCCGUCGACGAGAUCACCAACGCCGGGCUGAGGGCCGAGGACGAGCUGCGGGUUCUGGAGAGCGCCGCCGAGUCGGAGGCCAACGAGGACGGCGCUGCCGGGAAAGACACCAGUGAUGCCGGCAAGUCUAGCCCCUGGUCGCUCUAUAAGAAGGCGGGCGACGACAACGUCUACGGGGAGAGCAUCAUCGACAAGAUCCGCGCCCGCAACGUCGCACGGCGCGAGGCCGAGGAGAAGGCGCUGGAGGAGAAGCGCAAGCAGGAGGAAGAAGCCGGCCAGCAGAACUGGGGCGGCCUGUCCACCGAGACCGGCGGCGCCCGGCAGGUCGCCAUGAGCGCCAAGGAGGAGGCCUACCGCGCCGAGGCGACGUCGGGCCUCGAGGCCCCGCCCGAGACACCCCGGUGGCGCCUCCUCCUGCCCACGACCGUCUUCGUGGCCGCGCUGGCCCCGCUGCUCUGGUGGGCGUCGGGCGGCUACAGCGCGCCGGCCGAGGACGCGCGGCUCCUCGCGCCCUGGCUGACGCAGGCGGACGCGACCGUUUACGGGCUGAUGCUGCUGAACCUGGCCGUCUUCGUCGCGUGGCGGCGCAUGGGCGCGUGGAAGUUCCUCAACAAGUACGCCAUCAUGGACAUGGUGGCCCCGCGGCCCACGGGCGCCGUGGCCGCCAUCUUCUCGCACCAGGCCUCCUCGCACCUCGUCGAGAACAUGUUCGUGUUCUGGCUGCUGGGCGGGCUGCUCCUCCACGACGCCAACCGCGCCGAGUACCUGGCCGUCUUCCUGGGCUCGGGCGCCGUGGGCUUCCUCGCCUCGCUGUACAAGUGCGUCCUGACACGCCACCUGACAUACGGCUUGGGGGCCUCCAGCGCCAUCUUCGGCGUCAUCUGCUGCUACUUCUGGAUCCACCGCUUCGAGGGCUUCAAGAUUCUGGACCUGCCGCCAGACCCUGCCAAUGGUAUACAGGGACUUGGCAUCGUCGGGCUGAUCAUCGGUCUGAACCUGAUCCCUCUGUUCAGGCAGCUGCCGGGUCAGAAGGACUGGAUAUCCCACCUGGCUGGUAUUGCGACGGGGAUCGGUUUCGCGAAAUUGAUCGAGGAAAGAAGAGAGCGUGAGAAGAAGAACGAGGGCCGAAUUUCCGAGGGACAGGUCGUUGGAACCUAG